AUGGCUGCCGACCAGUUGCUCCAGUCCAUCGCUCAUUCCACUCCCGGUGAAGAGUGGUUUGACUUUGACAACUCCUUCGACAUCCCCUACGGAGGUGUGGGAAGCAAUCCCACCUCGGUGGAUUCUGUCUCCCCUAAGGAUUUGGAUCUAACUUUUGCCGACUUUGAUGAUUGCAAUUGGGGUCCGAGUCCUGGGGUCUGCACUCAGGAGCUAUUCGCUGAUCUGGUCAACUAUGAUGCGCCUAUGGAGGGCUUUGGAGAACAUGCAUUGGACGCCUCGUCAUCCAUGCUGGACCCCACCGGGUCCUUCCACCAGAUGCCCGCAUCUCCGACUCCGGGGCUGAUGGGGUCGGAGCUGACUGACCUAUGGUCACAGAAUAUGGGCGGGGUUGACGACCCCUUCUACACCACUGUCCGACAGAUGGUGGAGUUCCAAGCUGCUGCUGAUCCAAGCGCCUUGUCUAGCAAGGAAAAGCGCAUGGAGGCGUCUAUUGCUCUUCACAUGCAACGCCUUCAGGAAGCAGCAAUGCAAGAUCUGGAACUGUCGUCGGACUCGAGCACAACAUUCCCAUCCCCUCGCUGGUCCGACUCUGCAGCAAGCGUUUAUCAGGGUGGGACAUGUACAACCCCAGCUACCACACCUCUGCCCGAUGUAACGCGCACACCAGUCUCGGGCUCUGAGUCUGCAGCUGGAGCUAUGGAACUGGUGCUUGAUCUUAACAUGAACACAACCACGAACGUACCAAAGAAGCAAAAGCCUCGAUCGCAAGCUCAGAAAGAAAACUACAUCAAAGUUCGAAAGCAUGGUGCUUGCGAGAAGCACAGGAAACAACACAAGCGGUGCAACUGUCUUGAGAAGGCCGCCUCCCAAAUUGCUGUCAGCCAAAAGGCUGUUUCUACUUGCAACAUACCAAUCAAGUCGACCUUCAGCACGCAACGACACGUUCACAGAUCCGAACGAGAAUCUCUUCUUGUGAGCACGACGCCGACACCAGCCAGUAAGUCAACUGUUUCACAGCCGACAGGAGGCUUGGGUUCCAAGGAGCUUCAAUACGUUCAACUUCGGCAUCGCCACCGUUUGCCAUCCACUCCUACGUCGAUGGAUCCUCAAUAUGGACAGCACUCGCCACACUCAGUCAAGUCAGCUGCAAGCUGUCGUGGCGACGUAGACCUCAAUGGCGGUACAGGUCGUCCGACAACGUUCCGGGACAGCUCGGGACAACAGCAAUCACCAAGGUCACCUGGUUCCGACCGCAGGGUCGGCCUCGUCCACUCACUGUCGAAGAGACUGCAGAUCUGUUCGACAUCAGGUCAGGUAGAUCGGGGAGGACUGGCUCUUCGUCAUGCUCCGGACAGACAACACGCAAACCAGGCUGUGACAGCCCGCAUGCAUGUGUCAGUCCAGGCAUCAAUUCCAUCCCGAUCCAGUACAGCUGCCGUCAGCGGCGUACUAUGCAGGCCCAGCCCCUCCUCGCGUGCUGCUGCCACAGCAAGCGUGCAAUCCAACCGCAGCACUGAGACCAGUGCCAUAUUCGAGACACACGCCAGUUCCUGGCGCAUCAGAUCUUUGGUAUAUCCAUCGACACCCCACUCGUUGGUCGUACAAGCCAACGAUGUCCACGACCAAGUUGCGUCGCGGACAAUUGUGUCAAGGGUACUUCAAAGCGUCUUUCCGGUCUCUCACUUCUUGGAUCUAUCUGUAUGCUUCGCUUCUUGGUUGAGUACGUGCUUUGACAAAACCUGGAGCUUUUCCAGAUUUGGCAAGCUCGUCAUGAUAUCGACCAGACGGCAUUGGCUCACGGGGAAGGGAUUUCGAUGGGGUUGA